UUCAUUCACCUGUUAUCCAGCUCACCUGAAAAAUCUGGGAUAUUUGUUAUUGUGCUGAACAAUUUAAAGAAGAUGACAAACUCAUCGAUUGUGUCAUCAGUCGUGCUGGAGGUCCUUUACAGAAUGGAUGAUCUUAAAUACCUUUACUUCAUGAUCUUUUUUGUCUUGUACAUGUUUGUACUCUUUGCUAACACCACUCUGAUUUUUAUCAUAAUUACUGACAAGGCUCUUCAUAAACCUAUGUAUGUCUUUCUAUGUAACUUGGCUGUAAAUGGCAUCUAUGGUGGAACAGCUUUGCUUCCAUCCUUGAUGGUUACUUUAAUGUCUCCUUCUCAUGAGGUAUCUUUGGCAUGUUGUAAGGCUCAAACGUAUUUCCUGCACACAUAUGCUACCAUAGAAUUCACCAUUCUGUCAGUGAUGAGCUAUGAUCGCUAUGUGGCCAUCUGCUACCCGCUACAGUAUCACAGUAUUAUGACAAUCACAAGGGUGUAUAAACUAAUUGCUUUCUCGUGGGGUUAUCCUUUAGUGGCAUUCGCUUUGUUUUUUAUUCUGACUCUGCGCUUGACAAUCUGUAGAAACAUAAUUAGGCGAGUGUAUUGUUCCAACUAUUCUCUUGUCAAACUGUCCUGUGAUGACACAAAUGUUGUGAGUGCUAUUGGAUUGUUUUCUGUUGUUAUAUACUCUUUUCCUCAGCUUGCGAUGACCCUCUACUCAUAUGGACAUAUUCUAAAAAUAUGCUUUACUGCCACUAAAAAGUCUAAAAUAAAAGCACUGAAGACCUGCACACCACACUUAUUUGCAAUAUUGAACUACAGUGUGGGCUGUUUUUUUGAAAUUGUACAAAGUCGCUUUGACACAAGUUAUCUUCCCUUUGAAACACAAAUAGUUAUGUCACUUUAUUUCUUGAUAUUUCCUCCUAUUCUGAAUCCAGCCAUUUAUGGGGUGAGUGUUCAGGCUCUGAGAGCCAAUAUUUUUAGACUUUUUAGCUCUAAGAACAAGUUAUUGCCUUUGAAAUAGGAUCUUUGUUAUUUUCUAGAUGAAAAAUGUGCAUGUUUUCAAAUAUUUAAUUAUGUCAAUAAACAAAACAAUAUCUGACUAUAAGUCAUAUGCAA